AUGUCUCCGGCCACGCAGCAACACCAACAACAACAACAACAACAACAACAACAGCAGCAGCCAGAGGUCGCCGGGGGACCGAAGGCGGGCGGCCCGGGCAACGGCGAUGCAAUCUCCGUCGACACCCCCAGCAGCGGCACGCCCGAGAAAAGGUCGAGCGAACCGGCGGCUCCGUGUACCGAGGGCGACAUGGAGAAGCCGCCCUUCGUCUUCACCACGCAAGCCAACGGCGAAGAGGAGGCGUUCGACGAGGACGACCCGAGGCUGCGGGACAUCCCGGCCUACGUGCGUCGCAUCGUUUCGCUGCACGACGAUCCGGAACUGCCGUGCCUCACGUUCCGGUACUUCCUCCUCACCAUCGUCUUCGUCAUCCCCGGCGCCUUCUUGUCGAUGAUGAGCCACUUCCGCACGACCUACGCGCCGUACUCCAUCUUCUUCGUCCAGAUCGCGUCCAGCUACGCCGGGGUGUGGCUCGCCAAGAUCCUGCCGGCGUGGGAAGUCAAAGUGCCCCUGACGAGGUUCAGCUUCAACCUCAACCCGGGUCCCUUCAACGUCAAGGAACACGUGCUCGUCACCAUCUCGGCGGCCUCGGGCGCCACGUACAACCUCGGCUACACCCCUGUGGCCAUGGCCGAGCUCUACUUCAACUCUCGCAUCCACCCUGCCGCGGCCAUCUUCUUCAUGUGGGGGAUCGUCUGGACGGGAUACUCGUUCGCGGCGUUGGCGAGACAGUUCCUGAUCUACGACCCCCAGUUCCCCUGGUUCACGGCUCUCUGCCAGACCGCCCUCUUCGAGACGCAGAAGAAGCAGCGCGAGAGCCCGACAGCCUCGUCUCGGAAGCAGACAAAGGUCUUCUUUUGGGCCCUUCUCGGCAUGACCCUGUGGCAGUUUCUUCCGGAAUACGUGUUCCCGAUGCUGGGCUCUCUGGCGUUCCUCUGCUGGGUGGCGCCCAACAACGCCGUGGCCAACUUUGUCGGCGCUGGCUUUGGGGGGCUCGGCUUUAUGAAUCUCUCACUCGACUGGUCCAACAUAUCCUCCAGCGGAAGUUUGUUCCUGACUCCUUGGUGGACGCAAGUUGUCAUGUUUUCCGGGUUUGUCUGCAGCGUGUGGGUGCUGCUACCGGCUGCGAAGUACGGCCACUUGGGAGAGUGGCACGAGCACCUGAUGUCUAACCGAUUGUUCCUCGAGAAUGGGACGUCCUACCCCAUCACCCAACUUCUGACCCCCGAAGUCACAUUCAACGAAACGGCGUACCAGGAGCUCGGCCCUCCCUUCGUCAGCACCCACGUGCUCUGGACCAUGUUCUUCGACUAUGCCGCGUACACGUCUGCCAUUAUCUGGGCCGGCCUCUUUGGAUGGAAGAGUAUCAAGAGCAGCUUCCUCAAGAUGAUGGAGCGUAUGAAGAGCGGGUCCCAGAUCAGCUCACAGUACAACGACCAGCUCAGCAUCCUGCAGCGUUCCUACAAAGAGGUUCCGCUAUGGUGGUUCCUGGCUCUCUUCGCGGCAUCUUUCGUCUCGCUGGUAACCAUUACUGCUACCGGCAACAUGUUCAUCCCUGUGUGGACCUACUUUGUUGCCAUUGCAACGGGUGCGUUUUUGGUUGUACCGCUGGGCUGGCUGUAUGCUCUUAGCAACUUCCAGCUGGCCAUCGGGACGGUCAACGAGCUCCUGUAUGGCUUGAUGGUCAACUCGGUCAGCGGCUUCAAGAAUCCCACAGGCGCCUCCGCCUAUGGCGCCAUUGCAGGCAACGCAUGGUAUCGCGCUCAGCUUAAUCUUCAGGACAUGAAGAUCGGGCACUACAACCAUUGCGAUCCUAGGGCUGUGUUCUUCUCUCAGGUAUUCGGAUCCUUCCUCGGGGUGCCCAUCAACUAUGCCGUAGUCAGAUGGGUGCUUGAUACCAAGUUCGACUAUCUUACGGGGACAAAAGAGGACCCUGCGCAUCAGUGGACGGCGCAGUCUCUCACGUCGAACCUUACAAUGGGUGUCCAGUACGUGCUCAUCGGUCCGCGUCGACUCUUUGAGCAGCACAUCUACAAGGUUCUUCCUUAUGGCUUCCUCGUCGGGGCCUUCGCGCCGGUGCUCAUCUACGGGCUGCACCGCCUGUUCCCGCGCGCUAAAUUCCAGCUGUGGAACACGACCAUCUUCUUCUCGUCCAUGUCGAGCUUCUACGGCAACAUCAGCACCGGGUACUUCAGUAGCUUCAUCGGAGGCUUUGUCGUCAUGUUCUGGGCCUAUCGCUACCGCUACAACCUGUGGGCGAGGUGGAACUACAUCCUGGCAGCUGCGUUUGAUGCAGGAUUCAACUUCAACAUGUUGUUGACGUUCCUCUUCUUCGGUGCUGGGAAGAUUGUCACCAUGCCGAACUGGUGGGGUAACGAGGCAGCCAGCUCCGAGAGGUGUUUUGCGCUGGAAUGA